AUGUCUUUUAAGGUGCUGGAUGAUGAAUUUGUUGCUAUAAAUUCAAUAUAUCCAUCAUGUUUUAAAUUUCUAGAUGGGAAUGCUAAAAUAUAUAGUUUAAAAAUCCCAAAAAAACCAUAUUAUAUUGUUCUUCAAUUUCCAGAAACAUAUCCUUAUGAAAAACCAUAUAUUAUAGAAUCUAAAAAUAUUGAAAAAUCUAUUGUAAAAAAUAUAUUAGCACAGAUUCCCUAUGGAGAUGUUUGUAUUUUUGAAUUAAUAAGAUAUCUAGAGGAAGAGUUGUCACAGAAGGAUUUUAAUACUUUAAAUGAUUAUAAAGUUGAUAUAAAUAUUUCAUCUACUUUAGACUUUGCUUCAAAAGAAGAUAAUGAAAAGCAUAAUUAUCAAAAUGAAAUACCUUGGAUUAUUUCUGAUCCAUUAGUUUCUAAAAAAUCUAAAUUUAUUGGGCGAAUGGUUAAAGUUAAUUCUUUAGAUAUGGUUUAUGCAGCUCUUAAAAGUUUGCAGUAUGAAAAAUCAUUAGCUAAUGCAACUCAUAAUAUAUGGGCAUAUAGAUUAGAAAAAAAUGAUAAAAUAAUUUAUGAUAAUGAUGAUGAUGGAGAAAAAGGUGCUGGAUCAAAUUUAUCUCAUUUAUUGGAUUCUAUGGACGUAAGAAAUGUUCUUGUAGUUGUAACUAGAUGGUAUGGAGGAAUUAAUCUUGGUCCUUCUAGAUUUAAACUUAUAAAUUCUUCUGCCAAAGCUGCUUUACUUCUUGGCAAUUCUGUUAAUAAUAAAUCGGAAAAUGAUAAAGUUUAUAAGAAAAAAGGAUCAAAUAUAAAAUAA